UUGAGUGAUUUACCAUACUUGCUGUAUCGACUGGAUCGGAAAGAGCGUAGGGGUGGUGGGGUAUGUUGCUUGGCUAAGGGCAAUCUCUGCGUUUACUCUGUUGAUCAUGUAACCCCAAACAAGGCUGACGUGCUCUGCUUAGAACUAUUCUGUCCGCACAAAGCAACUCGUGUUCGCUUCUCGGUCGUUUACCGUCCUCCGAAUUCAACCAAGAGUGAAGAUGAAGAGUUGAUAGAAGCCUUACAAGACAUCAUCUCAGCUCAGGCGAACAGUGUAAUUUUAGGCGACUUCAAUUUGCUCAUUGACUGGGAUAACCUUCGUGCACUCAAUUCAUCUUCAACCAGGUUCCUUGAAUUUUUCCAACAAAGCUUCUUGCAACAGCACGUCUCUCUACCGACUCAUGAAAACAACGUACUUGACUUAGUUCUAUCUACUUUUCCCAACGUCAGCGAAGUCUCAACUGCCCCUCCGCUCGCAAAUUCGGACCACGCCUCUGUACGUUUUAAGUUGUUGGAGGAAUUUAGGAGCGAUUUCGCUUUGCCUUCUCCAGAUUUCUCGAAAGUCGACUACAAACGUCUCGAUGCCCACUUUUCGAACAUUGAAUGGCUCACCCUGUUUGAACAAUAUGAUUCGAUGGAUGAUAUUUACCGUAGGUUCUGCAGAAUUCGUCUGCACCUAUACCUUCGUAAAAAAUUCAAUUCCAAGCCGGGUCUUCCCACCUUAGAGGAUCCUUCUGGUACCAGGCUCCAUGUAGAUUCCGCCAAGGCUGAAGCUCUGGGUAGAUAUUUUGCUGGAGUAUUUUUAGCCCCUUCCCCCAGUAGUGAUGGUGACCUGGAAAAAGUGGCAAUCGUCCCUCAAUGCGGUAUUCCGGAUAUUUACUUCCACCCAAACGAUGUCCGCUCUUUGCUCAAAAGGCUGAAACCUUCUCAUAGCGAACCUUUUGAUGGAAUACCCCAG